AUGUGGAGACGACGCGGACGUGGACGCGGACGUGGCCGCGGACGUGGCCGCGGCCGUGGGCGAGGGCGCAGAGUAGGCCAAGUAGGAAAUAGACAAGAGCGAGAAGCUGAUCAGGCGCGGGCCCUGCAGGACAUGCAGGACAACAGAAGGAUGCAGUUAAGGGAGGUCAAUGAAUGUGAUUCAGAUCCUUGUCAGUUCAACGCAGUCUGUACAGAUCUCUUGGCUGAUUAUAGCUGUAACUGCCCAGCUGGUACACGAGGUAAGAACUGCGACGACAUAGACGAGUGUUCUUCAGACCCCUGUGAACACGGAGGCACGUGCGGGAAUAAACUCAAUCACUAUCAAUGUGAUUGUCCAAGAGAGUACAGCGGUGCCAACUGUGAAUUCAAGAUCAACUUCUGUGACUCUGACCCCUGUCAAAAUGGUGCAACAUGCCUGGGUGAAAAUGACAAUGGCGUCCUGGAGUGUGUCUGUGCUCCAGGUUACACCGGUGUUUUCUGUGAUGCAGAUAUCGAUGACUGUAUCGGAGUGGACUGUCUGAAUAAUGGCAUCUGUCAAGAUGGCGUUAAUGCAUUUACGUGUAAUUGCACAGAGGGGUAUGGAGGAACCUACUGUGAGUUAGAUAUUCGAGAUGAGUGUGCAUCUGGACCAUGGCAGAACAACGCGUCAUGCGUAGAUAAGGUAGGAGGCUCGCCUUACUGGAAACCCCUACUGAUCGUAGCAAUUGUUAUCAUAAUCCUCUUGGUAGCAACAGUGUGUUUCAACAAAUUUCGUGGGUAUAAGAAACCAGUGACGGCCGAUACACCCACGAAUACUACCAGCAUACCGACGACACUCGGUGCUACAGCAGGCCCACCCCUUCCACCAAAGGGUAAGUAAGACGAUCCCAACAUGUUCAUGACCUUCACAAACAACAUUUACUCCGACAUCGAUGGUACUGAGAUUCGUGGUGCCUGUGCGUUAUCCACCAACCCGAAAGACACGAAAGAUGACUUCGAGAAGGAGAACCCUUACGCUACAGGAGGCUAUCUUCGUAAUUAAUGGUCGAUUAGCACAACUCGAGAACCCCUAUGAAUUCGCGAGAGAUCCCGAUGUAACUGAUGCCCGUCCUGUGAAGAAAAAUGACUAUUUUUCGGAUCCAACGAGUAAUACAAGUGCACAGAAUACAGUAGGUCAUGACCAAGGUAAAUUCAUACGUUUUCCUUUCGCCUGUCACCGAUGCAUUUUGUAAAUAUGACUUUUGGUAGAUAUCUUAAUCAGUUACUAAACAUGCGAUGGAAAUAGUUCUUGAAGCAGUCGAGCGCUUACAAUCACGUGAUACUAAUAUUUUAACGACUUUUAUGAUUGCUUGUAUUAUAGAUUUAUGUUUACAAAUUGGAUUUUGGUUCAGAAUUUUGAUUUAGGGAUUCUAGGGGAGGCCAAAGUAUAUUGGUAUAGAUAUCGAUAUUGUAAUGAUAAACUACGUACAGUACUGUAUAUAUAUAUUUUUAAAAUCAUAAACGAUAAUUGUCUUUGCAAUUUUCUAAGUGGAGUCCAGUUCGAUAUGCCUUUUUCCACAAGGGGUCAAAAUAAAAACGUACUCACAUUAAAAAUUUGAACUCUGUAGAUUUGAUAACGAAUUACGAGCGUCGUGCAAUCAUCCUCAUCAUCCUAUUUCAUGUAUAAGGUGAUCGUAACGCUUUGUUAUUAUUCCAACAUGCAACUGUAAUUAUAUGUAAUCUAAGAAUAAAACGAUUUUAUAACUGGAAAACGUUCAAUGCAGUAUAAUUCCACUAUAUAAAGGGAUCAAAGAACCUACUUCAAUACAGCUUGCUUACAUAACAUGGCCAUGUUUAAUACUCGAUUAUGAUGUCUUCACUCCCUUGAUUUGCUUAACACAAUUAUCUUUUGUCUUUAUCGUAUUGCUUGCAUGGUUUGCAGAAUCUUUCUCACGAUAUACAAAUGUUACUUUCAUUUCUCUUUGUCUCAUAUCUUACGAAUCUACAUUUAAAGGUAAUCUUGAGUUCUGGUGAUUAUGGAUAUAAAAUGUUAAAGAAUUAAAGCAAACAUAAAGUGAAUUUUUAGUGAUUAAAAAGAAGUUGUAUCUUGUAUUAUGUGCUGUAUAAAUUCGGUUAAGAGUAUAUAAUAUCUGAGUAUGAGGAAAUAAAGGAAAGAAAAGAAAUCGAAAGGGUCUUUUAUAUUGCGUGUCAGGCAAUAGAACAGAUAGUUUCAGUAAUAAUAUGAUUUUAAGAAAUUUGUCGUCCGUUUGUUUACAUUUUGCUGUUCUAAUGGGAAAAACCCCACAAACAAGCUACGACAUACAAUUCUGCUUUCUGCAUGAUGAGUUUUGUAAAUCUGUUUUAAGACAGUUUUUCUCGAAAUGUAGUCUUAUCACCAGAACUGAGAAGAGGCUUGGAUAUUGUUUUAUAUUCACUAAUCGUUCCUUUAACUUUCAUAUUGAAAAAAGGUUAUGUCAUUUCUUAGCUUUCAUUUAUAUAAAGAGAAAUGCAUUAAUUAUCUUGGGUUCUAUUUUUGUAAUGUUAAGAAUGUUGAUAUAAAUUCUCUUAAUAGCCGAUGUUAUAGAAUAUGAAAUCAGUAUGCGUAAGAAGAUGAAAACUUUUAUGUGGUAUAUCUCGCAAUUUGAAUACUAUUACCUUAGUUGCACCCUUUUGGCCCUUAGGGCCGAUGUGAAAAAGAAAGAAAAAAAAUCGAAUGAGCUUUUGGAAAUCUCGAAGGAUGAAGUCGUCAAUCUUCAACUAAUUAAACAAAACAAAAAGAGGAAGCAAACGAUAAACUAAAUUUUUUUUCGAGGGAUGUCUUUGAUAUAUAAAAGAACACAAAAGAUAUUUAUUUGCAAACACAGUUGGAAAAUCCAAAUAUCUUUGUUCACGAACUAAACGAUAUAAGUUCAUAAUUAUAAGUCUUAGAUUAUAUAAGAAAACCAACAUCAGCAAUGAAGAUCGCUUGUUUAAUUGUUGACUUAUUAUUAUAAAACAACAAAAGUGUGUAUUUUGGGGAAUAUUGCAAAGGUUUUGACAUUGCAAAGGUUUUCAAAGAAUUCAUAUCUAAUAAAUAUUGUAUAGAAAUUAUUUUCCAGCA